UCACAUCGGAAACAAAACAGCGGAUGCUCGGGAAGGAACCUCGGCUGCUAGAGGCCGGUGGUGGUGGCGGAGAGGAAAGGACCUAAUCCAGGAGCCAGCAAGUGACAGCAGCCUGUGAGGUCCUUGGAAAGCGUGGCCUGGAGGAGAAUACAUGAAAGAAAGAACCCCAAGAGGCUCUGUUUUCUGUGAAAAAGUAUAUCUAUACAGUUGCUCCAAUGACAGAGUUACCCGCACCCUUGUCCUACUUCCAGAAUGCACAGAUGUCCGAGGACAACCACCUGAGCAAUACUGUACAUGGCCAGAAUCUAACUCCAUUUACAGAAGACACGGAGACUGUGGGGCAGAGAGCCCUGCACUCAAUCCUGAACGCGGUGAUCAUGAUCAGCGUCAUUGUCGUCAUGACGAUUCUCCUGGUGGUUCUCUAUAAAUACAGGUGCUACAAGGUCAUCCAUGCCUGGCUUAUUGUUUCAUCCCUGUUGUUGCUGUUCUUUUUCUCAUUCAUUUACUUGGGGGAAGUGUUUAAAACCUAUAAUGUUGCCAUGGACUACAUUUCGGUUGCGCUUCUGAUCUGGAAUUUUGGUGUUGUGGGAAUGAUCGCCAUUCAUUGGAAAGGUCCACUGAGACUCCAGCAGGCAUAUCUCAUUAUGAUCAGUGCCCUCAUGGCCCUGGUAUUUAUCAAGUACCUCCCAGAAUGGACCGCCUGGCUCAUCUUGGCUGUGAUUUCAGUAUAUGAUUUAGUGGCUGUUUUGUGUCCAAAAGGCCCGCUUCGUAUGCUGGUUGAAACAGCUCAGGAGAGAAAUGAAACUCUCUUCCCAGCUCUUAUUUACUCUUCAACAAUGGUGUGGUUGGUGAAUAUGGCAGAAGGAGACCCAGAAGCCCAAAGGAAGGUAUCCAAAAACUCCAAUUACAAUGCCCAAAGCACAGAAAGUGAGUCACAAGACCCAGUGACAGAGAGUGAUGAUGGUGGCUUCAGCGAAGAGUGGGAAGCCCAGAGAGACAGUCGCCUGGGGCCUCAUCACUCUACGGCUGAGUCACGAUCUGCCGUGCAGGACCUUUCCAGCAGCAUCCUGGCCAGUGAGGACCCAGAGGAAAGGGGAGUAAAACUUGGAUUAGGAGAUUUCAUUUUCUACAGUGUUCUGGUUGGUAAAGCUUCUGCAACAGCCAGUGGAGACUGGAACACAACCAUAGCCUGUUUUGUAGCCAUAUUAAUUGGUUUGUGCCUUACAUUAUUGCUCCUUGCCAUUUUCAAGAAAGCAUUACCAGCUCUUCCAGUCUCUAUCACCUUUGGGCUUAUUUUCUACUUUGCCACAGAUUAUCUUGUUCAGCCCUUUAUGGACCAGUUAGCAUUCCAUCAGUUUUAUAUCUAGCAUAUUUACAGUUAGAAUCUCAUGGAUUUUUCGCCUUUGACUAUAAUAAAAUCUGGGGAGGACAAAGGUGAUUUUCCAGUGUCCACAUAUAACAAAAUCAAGAUUCCCAGCUGGACUUUUUGCAGCUUCCUUCCAAGUCUUCCUGACCACCUGCACUAUUGGGCGUUGGAAGGAGGUUUCUACAGAAGACGGUUUUGAACACGUCAUUGUGGUGAACUAAGUCCCUCAAUGCAGAAACUACCAGAUUUGAGGGACAAGGACAAGGCAAAGCCAUGGGCCAAAAAGUUGCUGUGCUCCCACCAGCAGGUUGACCUGUGGUCAUAGGUGGACUUUACCAACGCUGCAGACUCUCAGGACUACCAUUACCAGGAGGUUAAAUGAAAUGGUUUAAACCAAACAGGACUCUUCAUCUUAAGCUACAUAUUGAAAAUCAACCUAAUAAAUCUGUAUUGAAUUUUGAACCUUUUCGGGAGAUACCAUAAGGAGAGCAGGCACCAGCAGCAAAAUGGAAAGAUGGGAAGGGACUCAAACUUUCAGACUUUUUGCUGCAGACUUACCAUUUUUAAAUAAGACUUUUUUUCACCUGAGUCAAGUCAGAGGUAUAGGUUGAUUUUGACACUUCUACUCAAGCACUGAAGCUCAUUAUCUGUGGCUGCCAUUUCUUCCCAAGGCCAGUCUGAACUUAUUUGAGGUUGCUCUAUCUUAAAAGUCUUAACCUCAGGUUCAAAUUCAGUAAUUUCUGGAAAUAAUGGGACUGUAACUCAACGAUUCCCUAUCACCCUUAGGUAAAUUCUGGAUUUUCCACCAAACUCCUAAUUUGUAGGCAUAUUGGGAGGUUCACUUGCCCCCAGCUGCCUCCCUCCUCCCCUCUCUCUCCCUUUACUCCCCUCAUGAGCACUUCUGUAUGGUGAAUAAGACAGCCCUGUUGUGGUAGCAGAUGGUCCAGUUGUUAUAGGAUUUUGCUCUUUGUGUGGUACAAAGAGUGUGUCAUGAAUCAGUGCUCUCACCCCUGCUGUCAUGAUUUCUUCAAUAGCAAAAUACAGUGUGUGCCCAAAGACAGUAGAAUUAAAGAAGAGUAAAAUUGCUCGUGAAAAAAAUAAAAAAUAAAAAAAAUAAAA